AAAAUAAAAUAUAGAAUUAGGUCAUAUAAUUCGGUGGUAAUUAUUUAUAACUCCAUUUGUUAUAAUCAUUUGGUACCUCCUGAUUAUUCUCUUUGAAAUAUUUCUUCAUCAGACUCAGUAGAGAGAAAGAAAUAGAGAAAAGAGUCAGAGACAAGUCAAGAAAGAAAGAAUCAAAGAAGAAAAUGGCAGUAGCACCUGCAAGAGCUAGAGCUGAUUACGAUCUCCUUAUUAAACUUCUUCUCAUUGGUGACAGCGGAGUCGGAAAGAGUUGCCUUCUUUUGCGUUUCUCUGAUGAUUCGUUUACCACAAGUUUCAUCACUACAAUAGGGAUUGACUUCAAGAUUAGGACUGUUGAGCUCGAGGGGAAACGUAUCAAAUUGCAAAUAUGGGAUACUGCUGGUCAAGAACGCUUCCGGACAAUUACCACAGCUUAUUACAGGGGAGCUAUGGGUAUAUUGCUUGUAUAUGAUGUCACCGACGAAUCCUCUUUUAACAACAUUAAGAACUGGAUCAAGAACAUUGAGCAACAUGCAUCAGAUAAUGUUAACAAAAUAUUGGUGGGCAACAAGGCUGAUAUGGAUGAGAGUAAGAGGGCCAUUCCAACUUCACGAGGUCAGGCUCUAGCUGAUGAAUAUGGUAUCAAGUUUUUUGAGACAAGUGCAAAGACGAACUUUAAUGUAGAGGAGGUUUUCUUCUCAAUUGCAAAGGAUGUAAAGCAAAGACUUGCAGAAAGUGAAACUAAAGCUGAGGUACCUACCAUCAAGAUAGUCAAACAAGACCCUGCCAGCAGUUCUGCUGCUCCCGCGAGAUCAGCGUGCUGUAGUUCCUGAAGGCAGUGACAAAACAGAUGUGAUAUAGUGUAACUCUUGAAAUCAUUAGCAGGUGCCAAUGUUUUGAAGGCGUUGGCGUCAUCUCACUUGUUGAUUAAAAACCAAUGGGUUUAUAGUCUCUCCAUUAGUCUGUAGUGACAAAUUGGAUACCUUAUUAGGCUUUACUUUACAAAAACUAUGAAUUGGUUGUCUUCUUUACUCUGUUAAUAAUCUUUAUUAGGCUUACUGUUAUCAAACUAUUACAAAUUUAAUCUGUUAAUUAUAUUCAUCAGGCCUUGUUGUCAUC